AUAAGACCAGAGCUGCAAGAACUCCUCCAGCGCUACGCUAAUGGUUAACCAGAUAAUUCAUGAAGGGGUGGGAAUAGAAAACAGUCAGAAGUUGUUCUGUCUCCUUUCCUGUGCUUGCGCGCCUUCAAUGAGUUGAAUUAAUUCACAGCAGGACUCAGAAUGGAGGGAACAUUGCAAGAAAAGAAACAAGAGUCGGAAUAUAAAAAUCCGAAUGAGGAGCAAGGUGGAAUCCGUCGCCGAUUGCGAGACAGGGAUCUUCUCAGGAAGAGAAAGGCUGAAGCAGAAGAAAAGGAGACUAACCAGUGGGUUUUGGGGAUGGAGAGCCAGAGGAAAAGACCCAGGGCUGAUAGUGGCACAAAGAGGAGAGGGAGGCCCAAGAGGAGCGCGCCAACGCCAGAGAUAUCUGUCAUUCAGGAGGAGGAGGAGGAAGCUCCUGCAGUAGUGGUGGUGCCUGCACCUGCUGAGGUCGACCUCGAUCAAACACCAGGCUCUUUAACCCCCUUACUUGAUGUUGAAUCUCAGCCGUCAUCUGUCCUUGCAGCCCUUGCUCCUCAGCCGGUUUUUGGAUCCGUCCAAAGCCCUGUCUUUGCUCCAACUCUGACGUCGCCAGCUCCAGUUAAACCGACACCAGCUUUCUUUUCCCCCUCGGCUCCAUCUUUAGCCAAAGUUUUGGAUACAAGUGUAAUCCCCGUCCAAGAUGCAGCACCAGCUUCAGCUGACCCCAAACCAUCCCUGAUUUCACUCUCAGCUCCGGCUUCAUCUUCAGCCAAAGUUCUGGAUACAGGUGUGAUCCCUACCCAAGAUCCAGCUCCAGCUCCAGUUGACCCUAAACCAUCGCAGUUUUCCUCCCCAUCUGCAGCUUCCUCCUUAGCCAGUGUUCUGGAUACAGCUACGGUCCCUGUCCAAGAGUCGGCUCCAGCUCAAGAUGCUGAUCCAGUCCCAGUCCUGACUCAAGCCGCUGUUCCAGCUGCAGCUCCUCCAGCAGCUCCUCCUUCAGCUGCUCCUUCAGCUCCUCCGCAGGUGGAGACUGUCUACACAGAGUCACAAGGCAGGGAGGCCACUGACCCAGUCCUUAUUGAGGACUUGGGCCCAGAUGAGGAGGAAGACAUCGCUCCACCUCAAGACAAGAGGGCUAAUGAAGAUUUGAUUGAGACCCCAUCGAUCAGUGUAUCUGAGCAAAACCAAAUGUUCUCAACUUCAACCUUGACCUCGACAGCCCCCCAACAAAAGUAUUUCUCAGAAUAUUCAUUCUAAUUUUUACAUACAGCCUUGGCUCAGACCACGUCCUUUUCCAUCACAGUUUGUAUCUGAGUGUAAUUUUGGUUAGUGUGUAGCCUGUUGGUUGAAGAGAACAAACAGCAUUGCUUAUUUGACAAAUGUAUGAAUCCAAAUCCAACCUGUAUGCUUAUUUAUUCUGGUUUGUGCUUCGCUGUGAAGCUCAUGAAUUUUAUUUUGUAUCUUGCAUUUAGUAAACAGCAAAUUUUGCCUGCUUUUAUUUAAAAGGAAAUUAUAUAAAUCACUGA